CUCUCCGGUGAACAUCAGUUGACGAGGAUCUAACAUCACAAAACCCCUCUUCGGUGAACAUCAGUCAACGAGAUCAAAGAUCACAAACCCUCCUCGCAGAUCGUAGCUUUAUUCGUAGAUCACAUAUCACAAACUCAAACUCGGCGGAUUAUAAUCCAGAUUAGUAUUUAUGGGAAGAGGAUUUUACUCUUGCGGGCACAAAGUACAAAAGACAGGACCUUGAGGCAAGUAUGGACAUCCAUUACCAAACUUUCAGCUUCCAUUGCCACUACCUAUGUGCAAUACACAUUCUGUUUCAUAUUUAUUAUGGUUUAAGCUUCGCAGACUAUGUAUUAUUUCAAAUUUGCAGCUAAGGAAUCAAAGAGGCCACACCUUGUAAUGCAGUCAUUAUGUGGGUUCACCUUUCCCAGAGGACACUCCUUUACCUUGUGUUGUAUACUGCCAUGGAAACAGUCUUCUACAUAUCCUUCGAUCGGUCGGCACUGUCUCUAUUCUUCGACCGGUGAAGAGUGAUGAGCGGCGGCAGUGGCGGCGAAUGAGCUCAGUCUCAAAUCCAAGUCUACAAUCAAUGUUGAGUUCACUAGCAAAAGAUUGAAUGUUGAUGGCAAAGUUAUCAAAGCUCGGAUUUCGAACACUGGUGCUGGCCAAGAAAGGUCGCACUUUUUCACUGCAGUAUUCUGGUCUUGGGCUUACUGGGUCAAUGGGAUACCAGCUCGCAAGUUUGACAGCAGUAACCAAUUUUUAUAUAAGCAAUAAUAAUCUUGGAAACCAGAUACCUUAUCAGCUUCCUCCAAACUGCACGCAACUAAAUGUUGGUCACAAUCAACUUCAGGGCCAAGUGAAUGACAUGUUUGGUGAGCUUUCAUCCCUCUCCACAUUGUAAGUUUACCCUCCAUCACCUUUUUUCCUUGUGGAGUUCUCUCAAUUAUGCAUACCUUGACAUACUUGAGGCGUUAUCAGCAGCAUUGUCUUUCAUUAUGAUGUACAAGACUAAAUGAUUAUAGUGUUCAGCCUUUUUCAAUUCUUAAACACUUUGGUAAUCAUUACUUUCCAUGCCACAGAUGAGAAGCUUUAUUUUGUGUUUUGUUUAUUUUUUUGGGG